GGGUUCCUGAAGGGCGGGCGGUUAGGUCGUAACCGCAGCAGCCGGCGGACUCUCUCGGGCGCGCAGUCUCAAGAACAAGGAGUCGGCUGAGGCGUUCACUGCUUAGUGCCUACGGCACGGGUCUGCUCUUUCUCCCACCUCCGCCUUCGUCGUCCCCACUUCUGUGCGGUGAAGUCACCUUUGGGUUUCGAGACCUUGGGGCCUGAGGCCCAAACUCGAGACGACCCUCCACCCCCACCCCCCUUUCCCUCUCACCUUCCAUCUCUUCCUUUACACCACCGAAUCACUUAGCCUUUGAGCUGGCCGGUUAGGCCGUGCCUUGAGGCCAAGUUUGAGGCAGUAAAGGUAACGGAGGGGGGAAGCAGCCCCCCAGUGGACAAAGGCGGAGGCAAGAAUAGAACAGGCCUAAGGGCCGCAGGCCAUGAGAAUAGGCGGCUGAGGGGGUGAACAAGGGAGAAAAAAAGUACUGCGGCUUUAGAAGGGACUGUAAAGGACUUGUUGCACGAUGGAAGACUCUGACUCUGAGAAAAAGAUGGAGAAAGAGAAUCUGGGGCCGAGAAUGGAUCCUUCCCUAGGGGAACCGGAAGGAUCUCUUGGGUGGGUGCUACCAAAUACAGCCAUGAAGAAAAAGGUGCUCUUGAUGGGUAAAAGUGGGUCUGGUAAGACCAGCAUGAGGUCUAUUAUCUUUGCAAAUUAUAUUGCCAGAGACACACGUCGACUUGGUGCAACAAUACUAGACCGUUUACAUAGUCUUCAAAUUAAUAGCAGUUUGAGCACCUACUCUCUCGUAGACUCUGUUGGAAAUACAAAGACAUUUGAUGUAGAACAUUCUCAUGUUCGAUUUCUGGGAAACCUGGUAUUGAACCUGUGGGACUGCGGUGGACAGGACACCUUCAUGGAAAAUUAUUUCACUAGCCAACGAGACAACAUCUUCCGAAAUGUGGAGGUUUUGAUUUAUGUCUUUGAUGUGGAGAGCCGUGAACUGGAAAAGGACAUGCACUAUUACCAAUCAUGCCUGGAGGCCAUUCUGCAAAACUCCCCAGAUGCAAAAAUCUUUUGCUUGGUGCACAAAAUGGAUCUGGUACAGGAGGAUCAACGGGACCUGAUUUUUAAAGAGCGAGAAGAAGAUCUGAGGCGUUUGUCUCGCCCAUUGGAAUGUUCUUGUUUCCGAACAUCUAUCUGGGAUGAAACUCUCUAUAAGGCUUGGUCCAGCAUUGUUUAUCAGCUGAUACCCAAUGUUCAACAGCUAGAAAGGAACCUAAGGAAUUUUGCUGAAAUUAUUGAGGCUGAUGAAGUGCUUCUAUUUGAGAGAGCUACUUUUCUGGUGAUUUCUCACUAUCAGUGUAAAGAGCAGCGUGACGCCCACAGAUUUGAGAAAAUCAGCAACAUUAUUAAGCAGUUUAAGCUGAGCUGCAGCAAGCUGGCUGCCUCUUUCCAGAGCAUGGAAGUCAGGAACUCUAACUUUGCUGCUUUCAUUGACAUCUUUACAUCCAACACUUAUGUGAUGGUUGUGAUGUCUGAUCCAUCCAUUCUCAGACAUUCCUUGGGCUGCCUGUACUUACUCUGUUGGGUAUCUCCCCCACCCCUACCCUCAGCUUCUGCAGCUACUCUGAUCAACAUCCCCCAUAGCCG